AUGUCCAACAUCCCAGAGGACUUUCUCAGGGGUCCUCCCCAAAACGCAAAAGUCCACAAAAUCGACUUCACCCAAACCACACCACCGAUCCCGGCAUUCAAAGGCCAAUUCGCGGUGGUGAUCGACAACUUCAUGACAGAAGCCGAAAGCGCCUCACUUCUAAAACUAGCCCAAACUACCACCUCUCAAAACGAAACACAAUGGGAACGCGCAAUGGUCAACGCAGGCUCAGGCAAAGAGGUCAUGUCGGUAGAUACGCGGAAAAGCGGCCGAAUGAUAUUCGAUUCACCCGAUAUUGCACAAAGACUGCUAGAUCGCCUGAUGCCCUUCUUGCAAGAUUUUCAUAUCGACCGCGUUCAUGCCAUGCCGCAGGUUACAGGCCUUGGACCGACGCGACGCGGCGAGACGUUUCGCGUAUCUAGAUUGAAUGAGCGACUGCGAUUUUUACGGUAUGAAGGUGGAGACUACUUCCGUCCUCAUUGGGAUGGAUGCUAUGUGACGCCUGAUGGGAAAGAGAAAUCGCUUUUCACUGUGCAUUUGUACCUGAAUGGUGACGGGGAGCAAGAUAUGGAAGAGCUAUUACCAGAGAUCCAGCGCGUGGAGAAGGAAGCUUGGCCCUGGGAGGAUGGUGGUGAUGAGGAUCAGGUCCUGACUGACGCUGAGGCUGUAGCCCAUCCUUUGACUGCUGACCCUGAAGCAAAGCUGUUAGGUGGGGCUACUUCGUUCAUAGAUGGCUUCCGGGGUGACUGCGUGCGGGUCUUUCCCAAGGCUGGGACUGUGCUUAUAUUUCAACAACGAAACUUGAUGCAUUGCGGAGACGAUGUAUUUCGGGGAGUUAAGUAUACUGUUCGGACUGAUGUCAUGUAUACUCAAGAGUGA